AUGGCCCUGGUGGUGGCCAAGUGGGAAGGGCCGCCGUUCAUCAGUGAGGCAGCCGUGCGAGGCAACGCCGUGGUCCUGGACCUUGGUGUUGGCGCGGGGGCCAUGGCCGGCAUCCUCGGCCUCACCGGCCUCUACCUGCUCGCCUCCAUCCUGCUCUCCCUGCUCCUCAUCCUCAAGGCGGGCAGGAGGUGGAACAGAUACUUUAAGUCCCGAAGACCUCUCUUCACGGGAGGCCUCAUCGGAGGCCUCUUCACCUAUGUCCUGUUCUGGACGUUCCUGCAUGGCGUGGUGCACGUCUAUUGA